CUAGUUCAUUAGUCGCGUUGUUUUCUCGCGAAUAAAGACUAUAAUUCAUUACAGUUGAGGGGAAAAAAAAAAAAAAUUCGAGACAAGUUCCACCAUGAGGGUGUUAUUCGAAAUGCUUUUUAUCGCCGGUACGAUUUUCGCCGGUGCAGUCGUGGUGGCUUAUCCUAAUCCUCGUUACGGCCGGAGUUACCGAUCCGGCGGUGCAGCUGGCUGGCCAAAACCGACGAAAAAUUAUAACGCCGAAUACAUACAUCCCACCCUGGUAUCCGACGAGGAAAAGUCUAAUGACGAUGUGUUUGGUCAUCUCAGUUUACCGAAUGACGAUGAUACUGGAAACUACAUGGGAUCACUUGAGGUGGAGCUGAUUCCAAUGGAAUCUUCGAAUUAUGAUGAAAAUAAACUUGAAAGUGACGACGAAGCUGUAUACUACGAGGACGAAAGCGACUACAAUUCACUGUACGAUAAGGAUGAUCUCAAAGAGAGGUUCGGUGACUUAUUCGGUUCGUCGGAAGAGGAUGACCGAGAAAAAGAGGAUUUUUCAUUGCAAGAAAUCCACAGCCUUGAGGAUAAAAACGACAGCACGGACGAAUAUUUCGAUUAUCUUUCGGAGGAGAGGACUGGAGAUUAUUCAAAAGGUGCGCGCGAUGCAAGUUUCCCCUUGGUAAAUAAACCCAGCCCCCGCACUUGCGAUUUCAUUUGCUCAUUACGUGAAAAUUCGGACGAAAGAACGCUGACAGUCGAUGAUUACAUCUGUCAUUGUUUCUAGGAAAUCGUCGAUUCACGAAGUGAAACCGAUCCGUAGAUAUUUUCGAUCGAUCGUGCGGCCCUCGUCUAUCGCCUGCUUCGUUCAUCUGUAAAUUAUUCACAUGAAGAUUGAAAUAAAUGAGAUACUGAUUUCUACAUAA